UUGUCAUUAGUAGAUGGCGCGGAAAACUAUGACGUUGUAUUGAUUGUGUUUUACAGUCGGCGAACGCCAUUUUGACAGUUCUUUUAAGUUACAAAUUUCUGAAAUAAUUGGAAUCUAUAAAAAUCUACGUCCAUCCGUGCGAAUUUGCGUGUGAACGUGUGAAUUUCUUGUUGUUUAUUGUUAACCCAUUUGGACGGACCAAGAUAUACCCAAUUAACGUUAAAGUAUCCCAGGCCAAUCAGUUCAAACAAUAAAAGUAACCAGAAAUAGGGUUCGUUCUUGGGUUCUGGCUAAUCUAAAUGGUUGUGUGCGGACAGCAUGUCUACAUUGUCAGGGAAUGCCUCCAAAGGGGAGAAAAGCAAGCCAAAAUUUCAGUCAUUGGAUAUAAAUAGCUUGUACAAGAUCAGCAGGGGGGAAAAUACUGAAAAACCGGCACAAAAAAAUUCAUCAAAUUACAUUAAACAUGGCAUGCAAAGUUUGGGCAAGGUGCCUAAUGCACGUAGAGCUCCGGCAAAUUUACCUUCUUUGAAAUCAGAACAUAGUGAUUCAGGCGCAGCAGUACCUUUAGUACCUCCAGGAGCAACAGGAUGGGGCAAGCAACAAGAACAAGGAAGUUCCCAACCUACCACCAAUGCACCACAGAAUGGAGUUCCACCAAAUCAGAAUGCUACCCCAGCUGUCCAAGGACCCCCCCCAUUGACCCCUCACCAACAAGCAAUUGCUAUUCCUUCAACGAAUGUCAUUCCACCACACACCAAACAGCCGACAGUUUCUGUUCCAAUUGCUGGAACAUCGGGCGGCGACAAAUUAUGGAGCGCAGUAAUGGCAGGUGGUCAGCCAGAUGGCGGUCACCCGCCUGCUUACCAGAGUCCCCAGUUUCAGCACGAAUUUCCCAGCCUAUCAGCUGGAGAUGGCGUUGCCGGCGUUGGUCCGCGUGCACCCUCGGAUUAUACUGCCGCAGGACCCGGAGGCGGAAAUCAAUCCGGCUUAAGCCUGCGACCACAAACGGAAGGUUCUUGGACACAAGGUGGUCAACGGGCUCCGGAUGGAUCAGUGAAAAGUGGCUCGGCUGCCCUGGCAGCUCCACCGCAGCUUGCGGCCCAGGGCGGCCGUGCUCCCGAGAUGUUGCCACCACAAAUGCGCGGAGUUUUGCCACCAUUUAUGUACAAAGGUAGCUUUCCACAAGGAGCUCCCCAAGGCGGGGCGGUUAAUCACUCUCAAUCCCAAAUGGGUUCUGCUCCCCAUAAUGGGCGAAGAUCUAACGACGGUCGGCCUCCGCGCCUUCAAGAAGUUUCGUCAGAUGAAUUGGCACCAAGGCCUAUUAUUCGAGAGGAAGAGCUUAGUAAGCUUGAUGAGUUUGGUCAUGAUAUGGGUUGGGCAACUUCAGAUGAUAUCGAUUAUAAUCAGAAGCUAGCCUUUAGUGACGACGAAGAUCGUCCUAGCAAAAACGAAUUUAGACAGUAUGCAGGGGCUCAACCACCGCAAUCACAGCAGCAAUUGCAACAAUCGGUACCCAUUCAAGGCAAAUCACAGGAUGUUAGAGCCGAACGGCAAAGUCCACCUAAACAUUGGAACAUGUCUAGAUCAGAAAACUACAGGGGUCGUCAGACUGAAGACGAUGAGGUUGUGGCUCAAAAACACAGACAUAACAAGGAAGUCGAUUUAGCUAUUCAGCGUGCGAAGCAGAGGAAGGAGGAAGAGGAGAAGCGUUUUAUUGAAGAAAACCGUCAAAGAGCACAGAAGAAGUUGCAGGAAUUGAAUGAAAAGGCACGGGAAAAGCGUGACCGCGAUAGGGAAUCGGAAGUGGGUACUAUAAGCCCUUCAGCUGUACCUCCCAAGCCAAUAAACCACGUAGAUAUCCCACUGCCAGAGUUUCAAAAGGAGAGGGAGAAGGAUCAGAGACCACGCGUUUUAAACGAAGGUAUUCCCAAGGAAGAAACUUCUGGGUUCCGUCAAAUAUCCCAUUCUGAUCCGAAAGGCUUUUCGAGGAAGCCGCAGCAGAAAUCUGAGAGAGACCAUCGUGAACAGAAUGGUCCUAGUUUUUCACGCCACUUCCAAAAUGACUUGCCUCCCAGGUUCUUGAAGCAUCAGCAGCGCAAUACGGGCACUUCUCAGAGUCAGCCGCAAGGCAGUUAUUCUCAAUAUGAGUCUAAUAGAUGGCCUGCAAAUGCCCGUGCGCCGAGCAGAUCGGGCAGACCCGAAAGUCCUGAUCGUCACGAUGAAGAACAUCGAGACUACAAAAGGCAGAGUUCAGAUGAAAGCUACAGAAGUUCUCAUCAUUCUCAAGCCGACAACAACUCACAAAAAUCAACGGAUAUUCGAUACGGUGAAGAGCCAUAUUCUAAGAGAGACGACGACAAAUGGCAAAAGGAAAAGACUGAUAGUCAUUUUGAUAGGAAAGUUGAAGUACACGAGCGUGAAAGAUACUACGAAGGCAGGAGAUCUCAAGAAACGCUCUCCGAUCGGUUUGACAGACCUCAGCGGCCAGAUAGCCGUGACUCACACACGUCUCACACCUCCCAUACUUCGCAUGGCUCGCAAGGUAGCAACAGACGAUCUAGAGAUUCUGAGCUUAAAGAAUCUAUGGGUUCUUGGACUGAAGACGUAGAAGCAGCUUAUGAAGAAAAGAAGGAAAAAGAAGAAAAGGAAAUUGCGAAAGAAGAAAAACGUUCCGUUCCUACUUUUGUUCCAGGACCUAUAACUCGAGAUCGUAUAGAAGCUGAUGAUGUGAAUGAAAAACGAAAUUUAACUCAGCUUAAGAAAGGUGAAAUGCCACCUCCAAAAAAAGUGGAAGUUUCCAAGAAAGAUGACAGUACACCUUCCACGGGAAAGCAGGCUUGGGGUGAAAUUAUUUCUAUGGAGGAAGCCGAACUGAAAAAAGAACAGAAUGUUAAAGUGGCGGAAUUGAAAAAACCACAGUCUCAUGAUGAUUAUAAAGAUAGGCAGAGUAGAAGCAAUAGAAGUUUUUCACAAACUAAAAGUUGGGGAAGUAGCAGUUCAUCUUCCGAUUUUCACACUAGGGGAUCAUCAUGGGGAACUAAACAGCGCCCUCCCUCUAGAGGACUUAAAACUGGAGGACGAGACUUCUACAGUCAUGAUAUGGAUAGUGAUGGUUCCACUGACACUUACUCGGUUGACUCAAAAGAGUCCAAGUCGAUGGCAAAAAAAUCGUUUGAUAAGGAUGAUAAAAACUCUGAAAAUAAGCAAGAGAAAUUGGCAAGUGAUCAGAGAAGAGCUCAAAAUCAAGAAAAAGGCGACCAUAGAGAUGGCAGUUUUUAUGUGCCUAGAGGAGAACCGUCGAGGCAUGGAAGAGGAGCCGGCAACAAUUUCAGAGGAAACAGGAUGGGUGGAUCCAGUAAAAGAGUGAACGGAUAUGGUCCUCCUCCUUCUAAGAGUCCCUUCAGCCAUCACGAUGAAAAAGAAAAGAAAGCAACAACCGAAGAAAACAUUAAUGAUUCUGCGAAUACAUCUACUCAACCGCCUCCUGUAGAUAAGAUCAAGCAAAACCAAGAAGCUCUUGCGGCUGGAAUUAUGGGCAAACCCCGUCAAGAAUCUUUAGAAGAAAGAAAUAAACCCAAAUUCAAAACCGACAAUAGAAGAAAUAAAUCAAAGACUAGGAGAGAUGAACAGGACAAAGAAAUGUCUGGAGAGUUUUUGGACAAUAGUAAACGCCAACCGGUCAGUCGAUCAUCUUCACAAAGAGGUGGACAGGCAGGAGAUCGGAGAAUUGGUAAUGAUAGACGCGAACGUACUAACCCUCCCAGAUCAGGAACCGACAAAAGAGGAGGCAGUUUUGACUUAACAGCUGCCAAACGGCCUGAAGGAAAGUCAGAGCCUCAGAAUCUUUUGGCAAGUGCAAUAGCCGAUAUAUCAUUGAAAAAUCGAGAAGAAGAUGCUAAAGAUCAAAAGGAUAUUAACACUGAGUUGAAUGGCGAUUCAGACGGUUUUCAAGAAGUAAAAAGCAAGAAAACUACUAAAGAGCGCCCAAAAGGGGGCGAGGAGAAGAAAGGGCCUGGCCCAAGAGUCGAAAACAAAGAUUCCAGGCAAGAUAAAAAGCAAGCACACAUUGGAAAACCGCUUAGUGUUCAACAUAUGACACCGCAACAAAUUCAAAAUAUUCCUCCAUUGAUGUCCACUCCAGUGAAUCCAGUGAAUAUUAAUAUGUUGCCCCCAACCAAGAAUCAAUACGAUCAGAGGACAAACAAUAGACAGAAUAAAUUAGCUCCCAGGUUUGCAAAGCAAAAAAUGCAGCAGCAGAUGCAACAACAAAUGAUGAGCGAUAUUGGAGAUAUUAAUAAGAUGCCGCAAGCGUCACAUUACGGAAUGAGAGAUAAGCCUCAGUCUGUUCCACCGGUGCCCUGUUCUGCUUGGGAUAAGCCGCUGGGCUCGCAAUUGCGGCCUGCCGAUUUGGAAGCCGCUACGAACAUGUUAGGUGUUGCCAUGGAUGGAGUUAACUUGGAAGGAGCUUCUAGCCCAGUCAGCGAGAAAAUUAUGGGAAAGCCCUCGCAGAUUUCCGACAAAAACCUGCUGGACGGCACCACCCCACCAGUUAAUACAAUUAUUUUUGAAAACACGAACUUUAAAUCGGCUCCAGGGGUGCGAAACGCGUCGCGUAGUGUAUCGGGUAGCGCAAACGAUAAACAGCGGCCUAAAAUGGACGAUAACAUGGACAAUAACGUAUUCGCCAAACCCAUCAACGAUUUGUUACAAAAAAAUGCGGAUAAUGCUACUAAACAAGACUCAAUACAGAUUGCAGUUUUUAAAGAGGAAAGUGAUAUAAAACUUGAUUUUUUCGGAGCAGAUUUGACACAUUUAACGGAAGACAAAUCAACAAAGAACUUGUGUAUGUCCAAGAACAUCACCGCUGUAAAUAACACCAUUUGCAACGCUGAUUCCCUGAAUAUGAAAAUAGCAUCGGUGAAAAAAGUGUGGGAUACUACCGAGCAAGAGACUGAAGAUACAAGUGGUAUGAGUUUUGGAGCACCACUGGAUGCAGCUUUUAAAGGUAGCGAUGCGCAAGAUGACGGUCAUCAUGAGGGAUUCAGUCCUGGCAACAGCCAAGCCGCAUCUACUACAAAUGUAUGCAAGGUUAAACCUACUCAGCAAGUGGCAAGUGCUCCUGGACAAAUCGUAUCUUCAGCAUCUCAGCAACAUUCGGCAAUGGUGGGCCACGCCAUGUUAAUGGGAACUCCUUUAUCGCCUCCACCAAUGGCAGCAACUGCAGUAGGCGUUUCCCUUGGGCCUCAGCCAUUUGCUACCAAUCAGCACUUGACUGGAUUUCCUACAGCUUCUCCUGCUCAGGGAGUGGCCUCGGCUGGCUCAGCUCAAUAUGGAAUUUCUACAAUUCCUUCACCGCCGACUGUUUUGUAUAAUUCGACUCAACAACUUCAAUCGGCCAUGUACACAGCAUUUAUGCCAACGGCAGAUCAGGCAAGCGUAUUAGGUAGCCAAGGCCAUGCUAGAACGGGUGGCUUUGGACAAUAUCCUGCAGCCGGCGCCUACCAUAACUUGGGGCAACCGACAAAUUCUCCUUACAAUACCCAGUCGGUACGUAAUUGGAAGAACUUGGACUUGGUAAUGAACUCUCUAAAUGUCUAUGUACCAACUGCUCCACAUCCACCCCCAACAGCACAAGCUCCCCCUGAAUUGUACUCUUCUCUAAACAGUUUUCGACUAUCAGCCGCUCCUCCAUUUGGCCAAAAUCAGGGGUUGAAUAAUCCUACGACAGUGCUGAUUAGUUCAACUAGCAAUAGCUUGAUGUCUCCAAGUGUCAAACCCAGUCAGCCCAUUAGUGCAAUUGGUACAAAGGCAGGUGGUGUUGGACAGGCAUAUCAGCAACAAUCGCAACAAGGACAACAGGUUUACAUGACUUAUGAACCCUCGCUCCAGGCCGCAAAUUAUUUGCAAGGAGCUGGAGUGAUGCAGCGAGGUCCAACUGGGCCACCAGUCCAAAACAGUGUAGUGCCUGGUUUACAACCCUCUUCGUCAUACUAUUCUGGAUCUACAGGUUUUUUUCAAGGUGGCCAGACUGGAUAUUAUCAACAACCUGGAAAUUCAUCACUUCCCUCUGCACCACAGUUAUCGCAACACCAGGCUGGUUAUGGUUUGCAAGGAAAUGUUUUUGGAACGCACAAUCAGACUCAUGCAAAUACAGGCCUGCAGGGCUCGUAUCCAUUUCAUCAUUCAACACCAAUGCAAGUUGCUGCAGCGCUAAAUGUUCAACAAUUCCGGUCGGCAGCUGCCGCAAGUAUGCAAAACCCCUAUAUGAAGAACGUUGGUGGAGGCGGACAAUCAAUUUCAGGGGACCCACAGGUCCAGCAAACAUCUGGAGGUCAAAGGCCUCAGCCAAUGAAGAGUCCUAGUAGUCAAGAAGUGUUGUCCUCUGUGUUUGGUUCUGUUUUGUUUAUUUCAGCUCCCCAAAUCCCAUCCCCCAAAUUAAGGCAGAAUAAUAAACACCUGCCACAACAGUCCAGUCCAACCACACAAAGAAAAUAUAAUUUCUAUCAAGGUGUUGGGAGUCAACAAAAUAACCUUCAGCAGCGCUAUCCAACCCCCAUUCAAAGACCAGUGAACGUUCAGCAACAAAACAUGAAUUCUGUGCACAAUAAUGGGUCUAACAAUCAAAAGCACAACCGGAACAAUUCCAAUAAGGCUCCCAAUAGGCAAUAUUAUGGAGGACAGAGUGGUACUUUAGCAACCAACCAAACCGACAAACCUGAGGACAAGGUUCAAGAUAAUUCAAGCACGAAAACUACUACUGGGACAAACAUCUCUAAAGAUGUAAUUAAAGAAGACACAUCAGUUUUGAAGGAAUAAGGACUUGAGAUGAUUACUUACUUUAAGCACUAAACAAGUUUUUGUUGUCUGUGAGUUCAACCUACACGAUUUAAAAAUUAAAUGCGUUCGCCGAUACGUGUUUAAAAAGUGUAUUUCGACAAGUUAAGUGUAAUUAAUAUAAUUUAUUUCGUGUAUAAAACUUGUUUAUCGAUAGGACUGCAGUACACCUGUCAUAAACUCUACUAACUUAGCUUCGUGUAUGUGAAAUAAAUAACGGUGUAUAGUCGAUAAUCUAUAGCGAUAAUAUUGCAGUAUCCCGGAAUAGGGAUCAAAAAAAUAGUACAUUGUGAAACCUACUGGUGUUCGCUAAGAAUGCGACCUGUACAUUUAAUGGCGCAUUCAUUGCAAGGUAAUUAGAGCUUUUAAGGUG